ACACAGAAAUCAUUCAGCGUUGACGCAUUCGCAUUUCCCCUUUGUGGCGGUUGCGAAGCAACAGAACAUUAUUUCGUCGAUAGUGAUUUUUUACACUCCCUGAAGCGAAUAUUCCAUUAAAACUUCAUUUCAUUGCGAUUCAUUAAAGGCUCAACAUCUCACAAUAAGCGAAAAAUAUUUCGGUGCACCCCCUUUAAAGUUUAAUUCUCCAAAAGACACAAACCAGCCGGUUCGAGCUCUCAGCUGACGCAAUAGAAAUAAAAAUAGAAUUAAUUAAAAUUUUUUUUACAUUUUGAUAGAAGAAAUAUAAUUUAAAAAGGGCUCAAGUUUAAAUUUCAGUAAUUAAUUUCACCUGCGAUUGAAAUUUAAAUUGGAUUUUAAUUAGUCAUAAAAGUUGGCGCCUUUUUGCUCAAAAUUAUAAAGAUGGAGUUUGAAAAGGAAAUUGGAAAUUCGCCUACGGAAGUUUUGAAAUAUUUUGACAAAAACGAGGAUGGAGGAUUGGAUUUUGAAGAAUUUCGAACCUUGUGCGCAAAAUUGUUUGGAUCGGAGGAAGUGGAAGAAAACGGAAGUAGGGUUCGAGAUAUUUUCGAAAUUUUAGAUUUGAAUGGAGAUGGAUUGCUGAACGGCGAGGAAUGGGAAAGUUGUGGCGAAUAUUGGAGAGGAGAUUGUGGAUGGCCAGGCGAGUGGAGGCCUGUCCUUGAGCGGGCAGGGCUUCUCACCAAGACGGCGACGAUGACGACGAGCGCUAGUCUUCUCGGGCGCGGCGAGCCGUUCGUGCCCUCCUGGGCAGAGGCUGCUUUACCGCGGCUUUCCGGGGCUGGAUCUCUCCUCGUACGGGCAAGGUACGGUUUUUCGUCUCAGGAAGGCGUCCAGCUGGGCCAUGGACUGCGCCGGGUUUCUGCGGCUGUUCCGUGGUGGCAGCGAGGUGAAACCCCGUCGUCAUUUGGCACUGGUCGGCCGCGUCUAGAUUUCCCGGCAAGGUCACUUCACCGGCGCUGGAGGCGAGCGCAGAAGCUCGUCCUCGUCUACGAUGAUGACAUCGUCAUCAUCGUUGUCGGCAGGGCGAAGGCGCUUGCGGGGAGAGGGGGUACGAGGCGCCGGAGCUUCGUAACGCCCGGAGUGAUCCUGGCGGCCCGAAGAAGCGGCGGAAGAGGUCGAGGGCCGGACGAAGUGGACCUUCAGGGAAUCGGGAAGGAGAACUACCGAUCAAACGAUAGCCUUGGGAGUGCCGUUAGAGGCGGAGGAGGUGGAAGGACAAAUGCGUGCCUUUGCUUGCACGCACCAGCUUUUAUGUCCGAUGGCCGAGAGGCGGGCCGGCCGGCGAUUGACGCGGUCCUCUCGGCCACUCGCUUUGCUGAUGGAGGGGCGCGUCGGCUGCCCGGUCCAUCCCUUCCACUCGCCGUUGUUUUAAAAGAAGAAGCGAGACUUUUUGAUACUGUUUUGUUUCUGGAAUCAAAAUUGGAACAAAGAUUGUGGCCAGUUCAUUGCAUCAUGAAUUCCUGGGGAGCUCAAUUACAUAAAGAUCUGUACAUUGUUCCAGGUUCAGAACAGGUGCGGAAAGGUCAGAAUCCAGAUAUGGAAACCUAUUCUGCUUUUUUCGACAACAAUUCAAUAAAUUCCACCGAAUUGUUAGACAUUCUAAAAAAAAAUAACGUCACAGAUGUAUAUGUUUGUGGUUUGGCAUAUGACGUUUGUGUUCGAGCAACUUGUUUAGAUGGCCUUAAAUUAGGCUACAGAUUGGUCGCAAUCGAAGAUUGUUGUCGUGGCGUUGAUCAAGAUGACAUAGCUAUAACUCGAAAAGAAAUUUCCGAAAAUGGAGGAUUGAUCGUAAAUAGCAGUGAAGUCCUCUCGCUCGUUAAUGACAAAAAAAGGAGUUUAAUCAUGGCUCAGCAAGGCGCUUCCGCUUUGGCAAAAAAAAGCUUGGAUCAAGAAUUAAUGAAAAAUAAUGCCAAAAAAUAAAAUCGUUUGGAAAAUACGAUUUGCCUCAAAAACUUCUCAGUAUUAGUAUUUAUCGGCAUGAAAAGAAAAUUACACAAAUAGUUGUAAAGUAGGCUUUAAAAUAUCACAGCUUUAUUUUUUUAUGAUAAUUUAUUGGUAAAAUAUUUAUUUCUAUAUGUUAAUUUAAAAAAGAUGGUCAAUUUCGCCCUAGAUACCUGCGAGCGGUUCCCCCACUUCAGGUCUUCCCCUCACUCGCCGAACUACUGCCGCCGAGCCUGGUCAGCGGGAGUUUCUUUUUUUUACCUAUUGAGGACUAGAAUGCAGAAUUUUUUUUUUAGAACUUGUAAAUUUACAAA